GUUCUGCGCCCCAGGGAGCUGAGGAGCUGAGGUGAUAGGCCCCAGGCCACCACGGACGUAGCUCUCAUCCAACACGGCCUGCCCGCUGCGCUGAGCUGGCUGAUGAGGUGGACGACUUGCCUUCAACGUCGUCACUGGCUCUGGCUGCCGCCGUCUUCUCCUCCUCCUCCCACCACCACCAGCCCCGACUGCAACGCCCUGCGCAACGACGCCGAUACAGAAAGCGCCCACGUCCAACGCCUGCUCCUCUCACCUUCCGAAACGCCGCACCGCUGCGCGCCGCCUCUCACUCUUCCUCUUGGCUAGAAGAAGACUCGCUUCCCGCCUCCCCACCCCUGUUCCGAGUCCAUCGCAUAAAUCAGCCCUAUCGAGCAUCGCGAGCUACACAAUCAUGUCGGUCGACAUCGAGCCUUUCGAGCUGAGCUUUCGGCGCCCUUUCACAGUCGAGGUGUCGCAGACCCUGACAAUCAAGAACCCGACCUCGACGCCACUCGCAUUCAAGGUCAAAACAACCGCCCCGAAACAGUACUGUGUACGACCCAAUGCAGGCCGCAUCGAGCCUGGGCAGGCCUUUGAUGUCACCGUUCUUCUUCAAGCGAUGAAGGCGGACCCUCCCCUGGACACAAGAUGUCGUGAUAAGUUUCUCGUUCAGUCUGCGCCUAUCACACCAGAGAAGGAGUUUGCCAGCAUUGCUGCAGUGCUUGAGUCGACGGACAAGGGCCAAAUCCAGGAGCGCAAGAUUCGGGUCAACUGGCUAGCGCCCGUGGGGAGCCAGGAGCCUGGGGCUAAUCAGCCCGUACUUGCGACUCCCAACAAGCAAUCUUUAUUGAAUGGGGCGCACGACACGCCGGAGGCCUCGCGCACAUUCUCCUCGCCCAAGGCUGAAGCUCCUGACUCGACACCGUUGCACGCCCCGCCACCUUACCCAUCCGACGACGCCAGGGAAGACGACGAGAAGUCAGACCGCCCCAAGUCCGCCGUGUCCCAAGCAGCGACUGCCGUGUCCGAGACGGCCCAGGCGACGUACGAGGAGCUCAAGGCUAAGCUGGCCCAGGCGGAGGCCCAGCUUGCGAAUCUCAAGGACAGCGGCCUUCGUCAACGUACCGUCAAAACCGCCUCUGGAGAGAAGAAGCUGCCCGAUACCGGCCGGGUCGCGCAGGCGGUUAAGCAGCAGCCUGUGGGCGUACCCGUUCAGAUGGUGGCCAUUCUUUGCCUGCUGAGCUUCCUGCUCGCCUACUUCUUCUUCUAAUGCCCCUUUGCGCAUUGGCGGGCUCCCUUUCACAGUACUUAUGACGGGAUGCGAGCGGACCGGCCGCGGCGGAGGCGAGCCCGGCCCGGCUGAGCUCAAAACCUACCACGACUAGUAUAUACGCAUCGUGGCGGGAACGAGAGAGACUUUGAAUGAAGGAGGGGGUAAAAGCGAGAGUAUGCUCCAAGGUUGGAACGCCCAGGAACGGGGUCGUCAGCGCCGCGUACACCACGCUGCCCGACCAUGCUUGAGUUGCCGCAGU